AUGGCGUUUAGAGCUCGGCCCGUGGCUUUGCUGCGCCCACGCAUUGGGCUCCGCUUGCCAAUUCGCACAAUUCGGGGGUUAGCAACGGUUUCCGACGGCUCACGGCCCUACGAUGUCGUUGUUAUCGGAGGUGGGCAUGCUGGUUCAGAGGCAUGUGCCGCUGCUGCUCGCUCUGGCGCGCGCACUGCACUUGUGACUCCCUCAUUAUCGAAUAUCGGCGUGUGUUCGUGCAAUCCCAGUUUCGGCGGAAUCGGCAAGGGUACAAUGAUCCGCGAGGUAGAUGCAAUGGAUGGAGUUGCCGGACGAAUCAUCGACAAGGCGGGUAUCAUGUUCCGUGUACUGAACCGCUCGAAGGGUCAUGCUGUUUGGGGACCGCGCGCGCAAAUCGACCGUGAUCUUUACCGGAAGUAUAUGACGGACGAGUUGGUUGGUACCGAGAACUUGAGCAUUUUGGAGGGGAAAGUGGCGGAUAUAGUCAUUUCCAAAGACGAAAUUGGAGAGACACCUGGUGCAGCACAGGGCAAGAUUGUUGGCGUGCGAUUGGAAUCUGGCGAGGUUAUUCCUACUGGGCGUGUGGUCAUUACAACAGGGACGUUCCUGGGUGGUGAGAUUCACAUUGGUCUUGAGACUUUCCCGUCCGGUCGUAUGGGAGAAGCUCCCACAUAUGGACUCAGCAAGUCCCUCCGUGACGCAGGGUUCUCCCUGGGGCGCUUGAAGACUGGCACCCCACCACGAUUGGACAUGAAGUCCAUUGAUUUCUCUGCUCUAGAGGUUCAACACGGCGAUUCUCCUCCACACCCAUUUUCUUAUAUGAACAAAACUGUUCAAGUUGGUGACGAAGGCCAGUUGACGUGCUGGAUGACCCAUACAAACGAAGAUACACAUGAUAUCAUCCGAGCGAAUCUGGACAAGUCUAUCCAUAUUCGAGAGACUGUUCGAGGCCCCCGAUAUUGCCCAUCGUUGGAAUCGAAAAUCAUGCGGUUCAAAGACAAAACACAGCAUCAAAUUUGGCUCGAGCCAGAAGGCUUCGCUCCUAAUGAAGUGGUUUAUCCCAACGGAAUUUCAAUGACCGUUCCAGCAGAUGCGCAGUACGCCAUGCUACGAACUGUACGGGGUCUCGAGAAUGUGAAUAUGCUUCAACCUGGUUAUGGCGUGGAAUACGACUACAUCGACCCGCGCAAUCUUCGACAAACAUUAGAAACUAAGCUUAUCAGCGGUCUCUACCUUGCUGGUCAGAUCAAUGGUACAACUGGCUACGAAGAAGCAGCCGGCCAGGGUAUUAUUGCCGGCAUUAAUGCUGGUCUAGCAUCACAAAACAGACAACCUAUGACCCUCACGCGAUCCGACGGCUUCAUUGGUAUCAUGAUCGAUGACCUCAUCACAAAGGGCGUGUCUGAGCCGUACCGCAUGUUUACUAGUCGAAGCGAGUACCGAAUUUCUACACGAUCUGACAAUGCCGAUCUCCGCUUAACACGCAUGGCUCGUGAGGCUGGUGCUGUCUCCAACAACCGUUGGAAGCAUUUCACCGACACAGAGGCACAGAUCGAAGAACUUCAGUCUCUCCUUGCCAACACAAAGCUCUCAGCCACUGCCUGGUCUCGAAAGGGUUUCAAGGUGCGAGCUGACACGUCGGUCCGCUCUGCGCUUGAUAUACUGUGUCUUGAUGGCGCGGACAUCAAUGAUUUGAUCCCCCAUAUCGAGUCUACAUCAGGUGUUGCCUACGUUCCCGAUUCAUUUGAUCCACUAAUCCGGACCCGUGUUGGUAUCGAAGGCCGCUAUGCCCCGUACCUUAAACGACAAGAGAAGAUGGCAAAGCGCUUCCAACAAGAUGAAAACCUCCUGUUGCCAGCCGACCUCGAUUACAGUACUAUCCACGGUAUUAGUACCGAGGAAAGGCAAGCACUCGAACGUGUUCGGCCUGCUAGUGUUGGCAUGGCGAGACGAAUUGAAGGCGUUACUCCUGACGGUGCACUUCGUUUGCUAUUGCAUGUGCGAAGACAUAGCGGCUUUAGCAAACAGAUUGCCGAUGCCGACAAGGAUUCCGCUGUGGCUGAGGUGCUGCAGUCUUCUUCACCUUGA